GGUCGCGCGUCAUGCACUUCAUUCGCGUCAACUCCAAAAUCUAUCCAGAAUCAAAAGUCUUCUCUCUUCCUUGACUUUUUGGUGACUCAAAACAUACAACACCACCGCAAUCAUGGGUAUUAAACAAUUGAUGUCCAUCAUCAAGGAUGAAGCUCCUGAUGCAGUUAAGGAAGGAGAAAUCAAGAAUCAAUUUGGUAGAAAAGUUGCUAUUGAUGCAUCCAUGUCCAUUUAUAGUUUCCUCAUCGCCGUCCGCUCUGGAGGUGAGAUGCUCACAAACGAAGAUGGCGAAACUACCUCUCAUUUGAUGGGCAUGUUUUACCGCACUCUCCGUAUUGUCGACAAUGGUAUCAAACCAGUCUACGUAUUCGAUGGUGCACCACCAAAACUCAAGUCCGGCGAAUUAGCGAAACGUUUCCAGCGCAAAGCGACUGCAACAGAAGGACUGGAAGAAGCAAAGGAAACUGGUACUGCAGAAGAUAUUGAGAAAUUCUCGAGGAGAACGGUUCGAGUUACCAGGGAACACAAUGCAGAGUGUCAGAGAUUGUUGAAGUUGAUGGGUAUUCCAUACAUCAUUGCGCCAACAGAGGCAGAGGCACAAUGUGCUGCGUUGGCUCGAGCAGGAAAGGUUUAUGCAGCGGCAAGUGAGGAUAUGGAUACUUUGUGUUUCGAUUCUCCCAUUCUUCUUCGACAUCUCACUUUUAGUGAACAGCGCAAAGAACCUAUUCAAGAAGUUAGUUUGGAAAAAGUUCUUACAGGAUUAAAUAUGGAUCGCAAACAAUUCGUAGAUCUUUGCAUUCUCCUCGGCUGCGAUUACCUCGACCCUAUACCCAAAAUCGGUCCCCAUACCGCCCUCAAACUUAUCCGCGAACACGGCGAUCUCGAAACUCUAGUCGCAUGGAUCACCGCCGACAAGAAAGAACGUUAUGCCAUUCCCGAAGACUGGCCAUACCAAGACGCCCGCGAACUAUUCUUCAAACCCGAUGUUCGUCCCGCCGACCACGAGGAUUGCGAUUUCAAGUGGGAAGCCCCCGACGUUGAAGGACUUGUCAAGUUUCUCGUUAUAGAAAAAGGGUUUUCAGAAGAUCGUGUCCGUAGCGCUGCUCAAAGACUUACCAAGAAUCUAAAAUCAUCACAACAAGCUAGACUGGAAGGAUUCUUCAAACCAAUCCCAAAGACAGAUGAAGAGAGAGCAAAUCUGAAACGCAAAAAUGAUGAGAAGAACGAGGCAAAGAAGAAGAAGGUCAAGGAUGAGAAGAAGGAAAAGGCAAAGGCAAAAGCAAAGCCUAGAGGAACUGCUUGAGUCUUUCAACUUAUUCGCCAUGACUUGGGAUGAGAGAAACAUGUAUUAUUUGUUAAAUCAGGGCUUGCUUUAUUCGCACAGGCGCACAUGCAUUAAAUGAAUGAAUGGAAGACGGGGAAUGGAGUUCAAGGCGGUAGGUAGGUAGGUAGGUAACAUAAUGUAUUCCUGCUUUGGACAUGAAUCCCUACAAAUACAACUAUCCAUGCAUACCAGGUACAUACUAGGUAGCUGGAAAGGAGAGGGCGGUAUAUUGAGAUAGAGCAUUACAUGACGUAACAAAUCUAUUCGCUACCAAAAAAAAAUACAAGAAAAUAAAUACACACUACAACAUAAUGCACAAAUGCAUUAUUGGCCUCAUCACAGAUGUCAGUUUAGUUAUAUCCCUACUAACAUCAUCCAUCCAUCCAUCCAUUUAAACUCGAUCAUCAAUUAUUGGA